GGCCUUUGCCGAGUGAAGACAUACAUUCCAGUGUUAGCUCAUGCCGAGUACAGUCGCAGGUUACAGAAUACAGCAGAGAGUCGCUCACGACUUCUCUUUUCAGCCAUCUUGACUACAGUUUUGUUUCGCACUAAAGGCUACAUUUAUGCUACAGUUAUUAUUAUUGUUUUAGAAUUUUAUAUUUGAGACACAGUAUUUUAUAUUUUUGGAAAGAGUCAGUUUAGAGUCAGUUUGAGUAGGAGGUUAAAGUUUAGUGAAAAUUAAGUUGGCGUCUCGAGCUUGUGGACGAGUCUACGUUGUCAUGGAGUGGGACCUUGGAGUCACCCGGCCUCGUAGAUGCUAAGCUUCUAGCCCUCUGAGAUUUCCUGUUGGCUACGACGAGGAUUGACCAACUUCGUCGGGAGUCAGUACUUGGUCAGGUACGGUACGGGUGGCAGGCUACCGAAGGCAGCUGACCAUGUUGGCGGUGGAAGCCAAAUGGUCAUUUUUGGGUAUUAUUUUGAGCUAUAUUUUUACGUGUAUGGUUCCAAUCCAAAGCCAAUCCCAGGAGAAUAAUCGCCAAGGGAUAUCCUUGCUCGAGGAACGGUAUGUUAAAGAUAUCAAUUUGGAUACUUUAAAUUGUUGUCACAAUUGAAUGAUCAACAUUAAUCGAAUAAAAUAAACGGUUUUAAAAUAAUUUGUACCAAGUGGAAAUAAUUAUUUGUGAUAAUAGUACAUAAAAUCACAAAAUUGAAGAAGUUGUAUUCACCCCCUAAAAGAAGAAUUAAAUUGGGUCCUCUAAUCACGAAACUACAACAGGAUUAAGAUAAUUUGCCCUUACACGGACUGGAAACUUCCGAAUCAAUAAAAUUAUAAGCAGCUGCAAUCUUGGGAUAUACACUGUGAACGUGUUUUAAUACCCGCCAACAUUUCAUUCUCCAGCUUUCGGCAAUCUUUCACUACUAAUGUUAAUUACUUGAAACGCAGGUUUUCAUCGGGUGAUUUAAGUUCAGAGCUCGAUGAUGAACCAGAAAGCGACUCUAGGGUGGCCUCCAUGGUACGCCAAGACUCAACAACUCCUCACCAAGGCACUCCGGAUCGUGCAUUGUUAACUCAAUCCAAUGCUACUCUACCAUCUGGCCAGCCCCCAGUUUCAUCAACACCAUCUUCUGGUGGCAAUAUUAGUGGGACAAGUGAUCUUAGCCUUAAUCUUAGACAUGGAUCAAGAACUACUAGCGCACCUUCGUCACCAGCAAAAACUCGUGAAAGUCUUUUACAGAGAGUACAAAGUCUUACUGGAGCAGCUCGUGAUCAGGGUGCAUCGAUUCUCGGGGCAGCCGUAAGUGGAUCAAAUCGAGGCCAUGCAUAUAAUAAAGAUCGCUGUUUUACCCUGCUAGUCAUCGAUGAUCAGAACACUGAUUGGAGUAAGUAUUUUCGAGGACGCAGGCUCCAUGGGGACUAUGAAAUUCGAGUUGAGCAGGCUGAAUUUCGAGAGCUUUCUUUAACAGCUAAUGAAUUAGGGACAAUGGUGUCGAUGGCCGUCUUCCGUAAUGGUUCUAAAGUUAUAAGGUGUUUCAAGCCAGAUUUUGCUUUAGUGCGCCAAAAUCUUCGGGAUGCUAAUGAAGAUCAUAGAAAUAUUUUGCUUGGUCUCAUGUAUGGAGGAAUUGCAAGCGUUAACAAUCUAACAGCGAUCUAUAAUUUUCAAGAUAAACCUUGGGUAUUCGCACAUUUGAUGGGUCUUCAGAGAAGACUAGGAAAAGAAAAUUUUCCACUCAUAGAACAAAUGUAUUAUCCUAAUCACCAAGAAAUGGUAUCUGCACCUAGAUAUCCAGCUGUAGUCAAAGUUGGCCAUGCUCAUGGUGGUACCGGAAAAGCCAGAGCUGAAAACAACCAAGAAUUCGCAGAUUUGGCAUCGCUUGCAGCUCUAACGAAUACUUAUUGCACAGCCGAGCCUUACAUUGAUACAAAAUAUGAUGUUCAUGUCCAAAAAAUUGGCACUAAUUAUAAAGCAUUCAUGUGAGUUUCGUAAAAAAAUGUAUACAAAG